UACCGCUUCGGGGUGACGUCACCGCGCUGUCUCGCUUUCCGCGCGCCACCCGUAAAAAGCGUGCGUGCGCGCGCGCGCGCCCUGUCCUCCCUCUUUCUCGUCGCGUUCCUGUGACGUCGCCCUUCCUUUCCGGCCUGGCUGGCGGCGUGUGAGGAGCAGUUUCCUAUUUCACGUUACCUGUGGCAAGCAGUCUUGAAACAAACAAUGCAGAACGACGCUGGAGAAUUUGUGGACCUGUAUGUGCCUCGCAAAUGUUCUGCAAGUAACCGGAUAAUUGGUGCAAAAGACCAUGCUUCAAUCCAAAUAAAUAUUUCUGAGGUUGAUAAAGUCACAGGCAGAGUCAACGGCCAAUUCCAAACAUAUGCAAUUUGUGGAGCAAUUCGUAGAAUGGGGGAGUCCGAUGACUCUAUCUUGCGCUUGGCAAAGACCGAUGGCAUCGUUUCCAAGAAUUUCUAGCUGAAGAAGCACAAUGAUGUGUAAUUUCUUUUAAAAUAAAAACUGGGAAACAUCUUAA